CUCCGCAUUUCCCCUGGCAUCUCCCGCAUCGCAUUCCGCCGGCGUCUUGAUAAACGCCGCCGCCCUCCUCGUCCUCCCUCCUUCCUCCUCCUUCCGCCGCCGUGCUCGUCCCUUCUCCGGACCGUCGAAGAUGAGGGAGUGCAUCUCGAUCCACAUCGGCCAGGCCGGCAUUCAGGUCGGCAACGCCUGCUGGGAGCUCUACUGUCUCGAGCACGGCAUUCAGCCUGAUGGCCAGAUGCCGGGUGACAAGACAGUAGGCGGAGGCGAUGAUGCUUUCAACACCUUCUUCAGUGAGACCGGUGCUGGUAAGCACGUCCCUCGUGCUGUGUUUGUGGAUCUGGAGCCCACCGUCAUCGAUGAAGUGAGGACUGGCGCUUACCGCCAGCUCUUCCACCCUGAGCAGCUCAUCAGUGGCAAAGAAGAUGCCGCCAACAACUUCGCCCGUGGUCAUUACACAAUUGGAAAGGAGAUCGUGGAUCUCUGCUUGGACAGAAUCCGCAAGCUUGCAGACAACUGCACUGGUCUCCAGGGCUUCCUUGUCUUUAACUCUGUUGGAGGUGGCACUGGUUCUGGUCUCGGAUCACUUCUCUUGGAGCGACUCUCCGUUGACUAUGGCAAAAAAUCAAAGCUCAGUUUCACUGUUUAUCCCUCUCCUCAGGUUUCCACCUCUGUUGUGGAACCCUACAACAGCGUCCUUUCUACCCACUCCCUCCUCGAGCACACUGAUGUUGCCGUGCUUCUUGACAAUGAAGCCAUCUAUGACAUCUGCCGAAGAUCCCUCGAUAUUGAGCGUCCCACAUACACUAACCUGAACCGCUUGGUCUCUCAGGUCAUCUCAUCCUUGACUGCCUCUCUGAGGUUUGAUGGAGCCUUGAAUGUGGAUGUCACCGAGUUCCAGACCAACCUGGUCCCUUACCCCAGGAUCCACUUUAUGCUUUCUUCGUAUGCUCCAGUUAUCUCAGCUGAGAAAGCAUAUCACGAGCAGCUCUCAGUGGCUGAGAUCACCAACAGUGCAUUCGAGCCAUCAUCUAUGAUGGCCAAGUGUGAUCCUCGCCAUGGCAAGUACAUGGCUUGCUGUCUCAUGUACCGAGGAGAUGUCGUUCCAAAGGAUGUGAAUGCAGCUGUGGCCACCAUCAAGACCAAACGCACCAUCCAAUUUGUUGACUGGUGCCCAACCGGAUUCAAGUGCGGUAUUAACUACCAACCACCUACUGUUGUUCCAGGAGGUGACCUUGCCAAGGUGCAGAGGGCUGUCUGCAUGAUCUCCAACUCCACCAGUGUUGCCGAGGUGUUCUCUCGCAUCGACCACAAAUUUGACCUCAUGUAUGCCAAGCGUGCUUUUGUGCAUUGGUAUGUCGGUGAGGGUAUGGAGGAGGGAGAGUUCUCUGAGGCUCGUGAGGACCUUGCUGCCCUGGAGAAGGACUAUGAAGAAGUCGGUGCCGAGUCUGCUGAGGGCGACGAAGGUGAUGAAGGAGAUGAGUACUGAUGUGGUUGUGAAUUCACUGGCUUGUUUGCUUCAAUAUGUAUCGGUUUUAUGUUUGUCCUGUUAAAACUGAGUGCGCGUGUGUACUUUCGUGGCAUGUAACUGAUGGUUUUUCGUCGUGAAUUGCUAUCAAAUCAGUAUCUUAGUAUUCCGCAGCUUA